AUGGCUGGUGAUCCCGUCAUAACGCUGGGUUCCCCUCAGCCCAUUACCCCCAAGAGACGAGGCGGCCAACUGCAAGACCUCCUCGCACAAUUUGGAUCCCAGAGCUCAGCGCAAUCGGCGACUAAGAGAAGGCGUAUCUCUUCGCAGCAGGAGAAUAGGCAAGACGCGACAGGCGACAGCAAACGCAGCCUGCGAGCGAAGCCGACGCCAAACUACGUCGCCUCCGGUUCAUCCGCAAACGAAGCCUCCCCAUCUACCCCCAAUUACAAGCCCGCUUUCAAAGCCACCAGGAGCACUCGUGCCUCGACCUCAAGAAAAGUAGACGCCGACCCAGGAACUAGCGAAGACGAACUUGCCCCAUCCGCCCGCCCAAAUCGUAAGACAAGCGCCAGGAUAUCAGCAUACACUGAAGAGCUCAAGAUGGAGAAGCACAAGAAGGAUCGCCAGCGGACAGAGGGGUUGCGGCGCAGUGGGCGUGACAGGAAGAGUACUAUCCUCGAGUCAGACACCAUGCCCACCCCGUCACCACCGCGCCGGAGGGCAGUGCGACCACCACCGAAUCUCGAUACUGCUCGUGCCCGUCUGCGUGAUGAGAUCACUAAGAAUACCAAGGCAAGGGCGAACAACUUUCUUGUCGCCAACAAAGACCUCUUCCUCCCCUUGCUACCUAAGAACAACCAGGUCGCGAAGCUAGUCGCAGAGGGCAAUGCGCAGCCCAUUGUCGAAUACGAAGAGCUCUCGGAGCAGCCCAAGGGUGUCACAGCUGUCAUGAAGCCAUACCAACUAUCUGGUCUAUCGUACUUGGUUCAUCUCUACAACAACGGUUUCUCCGGCAUACUUGGUGACGAGAUGGGCCUGGGAAAGACGCUGCAGACUUUGUCGCUCUUUCAGUAUCUUGAAGAGCUGGAUAAGAAGAACGGCGUGACGUCAGAAGAACUUCGACCAUACCUCGUCAUCUGCCCUCUUAGUGUUCUCAACUCAUGGGUCACCGAAGCCCAGAAGUGGGUACCACAACUCAAAGUCAUGCGCUUUCACGGCGCCGUAUCUGAGCGGACCCGUUUGAAGCGCGUUGCAGCUGGCAUGGAGGACAUGAAGGGAAACGAAACUCUCCGCGCCAAAGACAGGAAGGCGUCGCGCAAGGCUGGCCGAAAGGCCUCCAAGCUCUCCUCCAGCGACCAAGGAUCCGAUGCCUACAAGAUUGUUGUCACCACCUACGAAACUUUUCAGGCUGAGCAAUCAUGGUUCAAGCACUCUUUUGCUUGGCGCUACGUCGUUCUAGAUGAAGGACACAAGAUCAAGAGCAGCGUCACCCAAAUUUCUACUGCACUAAAGAGCAUCAGCGCCGAAUAUCGUCUCAUUCUGACUGGAACACCACUCCAGAACAACUUGGUCGAAAUGUGGUCGCUUCUGACAUGGCUGUACCCCAACGUCUUCGAUGACAAGACCGAGACGCUGUUCCGCGAGUCUUUCGAUCUGAGCAAGGGCAAAGCCAACAAACAGACCAUGACAGACGCCCGCCGCUUGCUCGAACUCAUCAUGCUACGCCGUAUGAAAGACUCUCCGUCGGUCAAUCUCGGCCUACCGCCCAAGGAAGAAGUACUGCUAUACGUGCCCUUGACUCCCAUGCAGAAGUUCUGGUAUACCCGUCUUUUGACACGCAUCGACGAUGGAAUGCUCGACGAGCUCUUCGCUGACGGCAAAUCAAAGGAGAGGGUAGCCAUUCAACAAGACACUGAGGAGAACAAGCUGCUGGAAAAGAUGGAGAAGGCGGAGAAGGUGGUCAGCUCUGGCAAUGCUGAAGGCGAUUGGGAAGAGACCACCAAGAUCUUGCAAGAGGCCGUAGCGAAGGAGCAGACCGAUACUGACCCCAACAAGGGUGCUUGGAAGAAACUCAUGAACCUCGUCAUGCAGUUGCGCAAGUGCUGUUCGCAUCCAUAUCUGCUUCCAGGUGUCGCGCCUGAUCCGUACUACCUCAGUGACCACAUCAUUCGUGCAUCGGGCAAGUUCAUCCUGCUGGAGAAACUCCUCAAGCACACAAUCUUCAACGAAGGCAAAAAAGUCCUCAUCUUUUCUAGCUUCACUCGCACGCUCGACUACUGUGAGGAUCUCUUGUCUCUCAUUAGCAACCAUGGAGAGCGUUUCAGAGCCCUUCGCCUGGACGGUAGCACAGCUCGAGCUCGCCGCAACCUGGAUAUCCGCCUCUUCAACCAGAAGGACUCAGAUUACAAGGUCAUGCUUCUCUCGACCCGAGCAGGUGGAUUAGGUAUCAACCUCACGAGCGCUCAGGAUGUCAUCUUCCUAGACGAAGAUUGGAAUCCGCAGAUUACACUUCAGGCUGAAGCUCGAGCUCAUCGCAUUGGACAGACCAAGAAGGUGACUAUUUACAAACUUUGCACACAGGGUACUGUCGAAGAGCAGAUGAUGGGACGCAUUCGUAAGAAGCUUUACUUGUCGGCAAAGAUCACGGAGUCAAUGCAGAGUGUGCACGGCAAGCAGUCGAUGGGUACUAAGAAGGCUGGACGCCCGUCUCUUAGCGAGGAUCUACCCCAGAUGGACACCACGCAGUUGAAGACUCUUGUACGGCGAGGCGCCCAGACAUUAUCCCAUCCAGAGAUCGACGUCAAGGAAAUGGUGUCCUGGAACUUAGAGACAAUGAUGGCUAAGUGUCGCGACAAUCCUGCCGACUUGACCGAAUCCGCGACGCACUCCGAAGUGGACGAGGACAAGUGGCUCUCCACCAUGGAGCGUGUCGAAUGCGCUGUGUUUGAGGGCAAGCAUCAUCAACGCCAGCUUGAUACCAGCUGGAAGGCUAACACCUCGGCUGCAAACAUCCUUCCGGACACCAUCACGCGCGAAGAUCGCCGCAAGGGAAAGAACACUACAGUCAUGGUGAACGGUUUUGCCAUCAGCAAGGAGUCCAUGAACUGUGGUGAUUGGGAGGCAGUGCCGACGUACGCUGGCAAGGACCCUCGCCUUGCUGAGCCGGUUCGUGAGAAGCGGCGCCAGUUCGGUCAUGAGGAGCAUUGUCUAAGCUGCUUCGAUGACGCGGAUGCUGGGCACAUGGUCGAGUGCAAGGGUUGCCCCCGUGCUUAUCAUUUUGACUGUCUCGACCCCAAGUACAAGGCCAAGGUAAAGGGCUUCAGUGGUUUCCAAUGCCCUCAGCACAACUGCGCUGAUUGUGGUAAAUCGACCUCAGAUGCUGGAGGUCUCAUUUUCCGCUGCCGCUGGUGUCCGCAAGGCUUCUGUGAGGACUGCCUUGCUUGGGACGAAACUGAGCUUAUCGGCGAAAACCUUCCUGAGUUUGAGUUCAUGGGCGAGGAGUCUACGACUGGCGGUUUCUACAUCAAGUGUCCUACUUGCAUCGGGGAGAGUAAGGAACAGAAAGAGUGGGUGAAGAACAAGGAAAAAGAGUACAAGGAUCAUCAUGAUAUCUGGCUGCAAGGGCGUAAGGAGACGCAGCGUCAGUUGAACGAGCGCGAUGCGAACGGCAUGCAGGAGGAAGAACGUUCCAAGGGGAACUCGAUCAAUGCGCAGACCGACGAUGAUGAUGAUGAUGAUGAUGUCACCUCCCCACCUGCUCUUACUGAUACUUCGCUGCCCACUCCUGCGCUUCGUGGCUCUCGCGUUAGCACACCCAUGUACACAGAGCCUGUGCAGAAUAGCAAGAAGUCAAACAAGAGAGGCGAGGUAUUCGGUGACAUGCGCGGAGAGAAGCGUGCUAGACUUGAUGCACAGGCUUGGACGACGGAUGAGGAUCCGCUGAUGCAGGGUGUGAAGAUGUCUAAAGGCCGGAAGUACUAG